CUCGCACACCACACUUGUUUCUUCAAAAGGAGCGGCAAUGGAAGAGAAUGCAAAUAUUUCAAUCCCCUCCGUUGCGGACUCGACCCCGGGAAAGGCAGAGUUGCGUCCGCGGCCUGCUACCAGCCGGCGUCGAGAUAAGCCGCAGCUAUCGUGUGAUAGCUGCCGGCGGCGUAAAGGCCGAUGUGAUCGCCGAGCUCCGUGCUCGAGCUGCGUCACGCGAGGACAUGUCUGCACGUAUCCUAACAACCAUGUCCUGUCGGCACCAUCAUCAGGCGCGCCACUCAUACAGGACCGCUUAGAGCAGCUGGAGCGACUGGUCGUUUCUUUAAUGCAGGGUUCAACUACCAAAGAGCGCGCUGUAUCACCCGCGGGUGGGAAUAUCGCCCCGAUAUCGAGUUCCGAUAGUUCUGCUAUCGAGGAGGUCGAAAAAGAUAGACGCCCAGACUGCGGUAGCAUGCGAGUCAGCGAUUCGGAGCUGCGCUAUGUUGGUGGUGAUCAUUGGGCCUCCAUUCUUGAUAGCGUCGCAGAUCUGAAAGUCCACUUUGACCGUGAAGAGCGACUGCGUCUAGAAGCGACAUCGGGUUCAUUUGAGGAAGAUACGAAUAGAGGGUCUACUUCGCGAGCCCUGCUGCUCUAUGGCUGUCGUCAUGCGACGUCUAGAGAGGACAUUCUUGCAUCCUUGCCGUCUCGCUCUGUUGUGGACCGCUAUGUUUCGGGGUAUUUCAACCGGUUGGAUCUGGUUUCGUCAAGUGCUGUUCAUGGGCCGACCUUUUUACGACAGUAUGAAGCUUUUUGGGCCACUCCCUUGGAUGUCCCCAUCAUGUGGAUCGGCCUACUAUUCAGUAUGAUGUGCCUCGCCGUUCAGGCCUCCACGGUGUCGGAUACCGCAACCAGCCACGAAACGGACCAACAUAGACGUCAAAUCGAGCUGUAUCACGAGAAAGUUGUCCAAUGCUUGCUCAUGGGGGAAUACACAAAGUCAGGACCACACGCGCUCGAGACACUCAUCCACUACGUGUAUAUUGAAUUCUGCCUCCAUCCUGACGCAGACAGGGAUAUCUGGUUUUUGUUAUCCCUGGAAGUCAAUCUUGCGAUGCGCAUGGGAUAUCACCGAGACCCUAGCCAUUUCCCCGGAAUCACGCCCCUCCAAGGGGAGAUGCGUCGUCGAAUGUGGGCGACUGUGCUAUUAGGCGAUGUUCUGAUAUCGAGUCAAAUGGGGAUGCCGCGUAUGAUAUCAGACUGGCAAUGCGACACGGCUGAACCGCGGAACUUGAAUGAUAGUGACCUCGACGCUGAUGCACUUGAGUUACCUCCCUCGCGACCGGAAAGCGAAAACACCACAGCUUUGUGUCUGAUUGCGCGCCGUCGAAUGGUUAUUGCGUUGGGUAAAGCGUCAGAUCUUGCGGCCGCUGUCAAACCGUGUAGCUACGCCGAGGUCAUGCAUGUGGACGGUGUUCUGCAUGAAGCGGCUAAUAGUAUUCCGCAACAGCUCAAGAUAAAAUCGAUGACAGCGAGUUUGACGGAUUCACCACGGAUCAUUAUGGAGAGGUUGUUUAUAUCUCAUAUGUUUUACAAAGGCCAGCUCAUGCUUCAUCGGCGGUUCUUGUUCCAAGAUUCAACCUCACCAGACACCGACACGCUUGCGCAUUCGCGGAAAGCUUGUAUCGACGCAUCGCUUGGAUUACUAGGUAUACAGAAGAUCCUGGACGAGGAGACAGGUGCAGAUGGUCAGCUUCAUACCAUGCAUUGGCGCAUCACUUCCAUCUUGAAUCACCAGUUCCUGACCGCGACCAUGAUUCUGUGUUCGAUUUUACAUCACGGGCAGAUGCCGCAGCAUGACGACAAAAUCCGGGCUGCUCUGCAGCAGGCUCAAGGGAUUUGGAUGCGUCGCAGCCCCAGAUCCCAGGAAGCAAGGACGGCGGCUGACAUGGUCAACCUCGUUCUCUCUGGGACGACAGGGGCAAGCAAGGACAAUUUCGAGGCACUACUGGAACAGGAAAUUCCCCAACGCUAUAUUACUGGUCUAUUUGACCAGUCGGCACUUUCAUCACAGGCAUAUUCUCUGCAAUCACUAAACGGCCGGGACGAGGGUUUCCCAUAUUUCCCAUACACAAUACCGUCGUUGUAUGAGGAAUCUUCCAAUGAUUGGAUGCCGGAGAACUGGUCCGGGUGAUCUGUUGUGUGAUCCAUGUUAAUUAGCGAAUAAUC